AUGAAUGCAGCACUGAAGGAAUUUGGACCGAAUUGCCCAAGUUCAACUUGGAACCGUGCCAAGUCCUCGCUCUCACUCAGGGCUCGGGGCUCUGGCCCUCGCCUCGCUGUUAUUGUCCCAGGCAACCUCGAGCUCUGCGCGCACACAGAAUCAGCUGGACCCACUCUCGUUGCCGCCGUCGCCAAGGCCAAGGCCGCCCACGAGGAGCGACUCGCCCAGGUCCAAGGUGCGCAAGAUCUUUGCGAAGAUCAAGAUCCGCCGCCGCCGCCAACGUCGCUCACGAGGUGGUCGGGCUUGUCAGUCUCGAACGAGUGUGCAAGAAUAUCAGUCAACACCUUGACUGCCAGCAUGGGCAACAUGUCUGUGCAGCAAGGCCCCCGUGGCGUCGACCGAGGUCGCCACCAGAGCUUCUUCGCUCUCAACGCCCCGCAGGGGAACCCCUUCGCGGCAGCUGGAGCUGCUAGUGUUCCAUUCCCACCCAGAAUUCAGCAGCAGCCCUUCACAGGGCAAAUAUUCAUGGACAACACAUUUGCCCUCGGCAUUCCCUCUGCAUCCAGCGAUCUCAUUCACGAUGGGAAAGCCGCCAAGAUCAAGUUCAAGGUGCGCAAGUUCUUUGCGAAGAUCAAGGUCCGUCGACUCCUUGAAAAGGAUGCCAAAGCGGCCGACAUGACAUGCUCGCCUCGGGCCCUGGUUGCGUUGGAGUCACAGCUCGUCCGAUUGUGCGAGAUCUGCACUGUAUGUCUUGGUUUGAACGGUGUUCAAGUCAAUGCAUACAGUGUCGAACUUGCACACUCGUUCGAGCUGCGACUCCAACGCAACCAGGACUUUGAUGGCUAA